UGAGAAGGUUGGAGAAUGGAAGUCCAACAUUCCAUCUGCUGCCGCCUGUGCACUGUACUCCUUCGUCUCCUAUAAAGCUGCCCCCGGGCGAUCAUCCUUCUCUCACCUCCUCCUCCGCCUCCUCCCCGUCCUCCUCCUUUCUCAGCCAUUCCGAAGCUCUGAUUCUGCGAUCGCUCAACAAACAAUUUCAACUAGUAAUGGCCGCUCCAAGCGUGAUAGAGGUCCUUCCUCCAUCUUUGGAUUCCACAUCUGAACCACCGCCUCUCUUCGAUGGGAACACUAGGUUGUAUAUAAAUUACAUGUGCCCAUAUGCUCAGCGUCCCUGGAUUGCCAGGAACUAUAAGGGUCUGCAAGAAAAGAUUAAGUUGGUUGCAAUUGACCUCCAAAACAGGCCCGCUUGGUACAAGGAAAAAGUUUACCCUGAAAACAAGGUGCCAUCCUUGGAGCACAACGGUAAGGUGAUCGGAGAGAGCCUGGAUUUGAUCAAGUAUAUCGAUGAGAACUUUGAAGGGCCGCGUCUCCUACCUGAUGACGCUGAGAAGCAGAAAUUUGCUGAAGAGGUGAUAGCCUACAGUGAUACAUUUGUGAGAACAGAGUAUGCGUCUUUCAAAGCAGAGGACCCUGUGAAAGAAGCUGGCGGUGGUUUUGAUUACUUGGAAGCAGCUCUCCAGAAAUUUGAUGAUGGCCCUUUCUUCCUGGGUCAGACCAUAAGCCUGCCGGACAUUACUUAUGCUCCAUUUGUCGAGAGGUUCAAGGGCUUCUUUGAAGAUGUGUGGAAGUAUGAUAUCACAUCGGGCAGGCCUGCAUUGGCGGCAUGGGUUGAAGAGAUCAACAAGAUUGAUGCUUACAAGCAAACAAAAUGUGAUAUUAACAAGACCAUUCAGCUCUACAAGAUUCGUUUUAUGGGUGAAAAGUGAAUUUUAGAUUUUUCCCUUAAUGAGCGGUUUGACCAAAUUCCGUUCUGUAAUAGAGUGUGUUUGUAUUACUAUUUUUAUCUGAUGAAUUCCUCGUAUCUAGUUUAGUUGGUUUGCUUUGAAAUGUGGCAGUAUCGUAUGUUUCGCCCAGAAAAGGUGAUCCUUUUUUUUUUUUUAAUAAAUUUUCCUGUACCUUGAGUUGGAAUGAUGCAA